CCGCCUGAUUUUCAGCUACAAUUUCUGCGACAGUUCGCUGCGAGAUCUGGACGUCACAAGUGCGAAAGCUAUCAUUGCGUCUGUGAGUAAAAAGUGGUGUGCUUGCGAGCGGGAGUUUUUGGUGGCUCUAGUGAUGCAUUCAGUGCUCAGCAUUGUGGGAAGUAGCAUCUGGUGCCGGAAGAUGGUCUUCGACGCGGCUAAAAGUGUAGGAAUCGUGAGAAGCCUUCACAUAGCAUCUGAAUCUCACUCAAUUGUGGAAAAUUAUGAGGAGGCUGUGAAGACCCUCAAUACGCUUCAGAGCAACGCUGAGACCAUCCAGCAAACAGUGAGGAACAGCAAUGAAUCUGAGACGUUGCGAUUCAAAGAGACGGAAAAGUUUUUGGACCGAAUUGGUGUUCCUCUUGAGCGUCUGGAUACCCUGUCUGUGAUCCACGUGGCGGGAACAAAGGGAAAGGGCUCAACGUGUGCUCUCGUAGAUUCAAUUUUGCAAUCUCAUGGCAUCAGAACGGGUUUCUUCAGCUCACCGCAUCUCAUCUCAGCUACAGAGAGAAUUCGUCUCAAUGGGAUUCCUAUCAGCGAAGAAAACUUCGUAAAGUACUUCUGGCGUAUUUACAACCAGCUGCGUAAAUCUCAAGAUCACGAUAAGGAUAUGCCCACAUACUUCAAAUUUCUCACUAUUAUGGCUUUCAAUGUCUUUUUGGAGGAGAACGUGGAUGUGGCUAUUGUAGAAGUGGGAAUAGGCGGAGAAUAUGAUUGUACAAAUAUCGUGAGACACACAAAAACAGUGGGAAUUACAUCCCUUGGUCUGGACCACACACAUAUCCUUGGAAAUUCCCUUGAAGAGAUUGCAUGGCAAAAAGCAGGCAUAAUCAAGCCAAAAUCGCACGUUUUCACUGUGAAUCAACCAUCAGGAUGUCUCGAAGUGAUUGAAAAGCGAGCUCAAGAAAAGAAAGCUAUUCUCACUGUGGUUCCUGAUUUCUCCACGUACACAUUUAAUCAUAUGCCCAGAAGUAAUGUGGAGACGAAAGUCCAACGACUCAAUACAUCUUUGGCAAUUCAGUUGAGCAACGAUUGGCUACAGCAUUAUCGAUUGACGCGUCUACCACGAAAAGUGAAUCUCGUAAAAAGCAUCUCUGAAGAAAUCUCAUUAGGAAUUGAGAAUACCCGUUGGCCAGGAAGAUGUCAGAUGAUUCCCUUUCAUAAGCGGAGAAUUUUUCUCGACGGAGCACAUACGGUGGAGAGUAUUCAAGUGUGUGCAGAGUGGUUCGCUGACAAAACAGUUAAAAACAAUAAUCCAAAGUGCCUAAUAUUUAACGUGACGGGGUGCAGAGAUAGCAAGAAACUUCUAAAGACACUUCUCGAAAUAGCUACCUUCAGCACAGUUUUAUUCACACCGAAUAUCGCCUCCAACAAAUAUCAUUCCACUGAUAACACGUCCGUUCUCACAAGCAGAGAUGAAGCUCUGGAAAAGUGCCGUAAAAACGAGAAAGAUUUGUUUGAUAUUAUCGCAGAGAAACACUCCAAGUAUGGUUUGAACGGAUUAAAUGGGCUAUCGAAGCUGCACUCUCAAGUUCUUAGCAGUGUCUCAGAUGCCUUUAUCUACUUGGAUGGCUUGCACGGCCGUGAAACAGAUGUUGAUGUCCUUAUUACGGGCUCUCUCUACUUAGUUGGUGCUAGUUUAUUGGCUCUCGAACAUGUCGAUGUUAAAAACUGAGAGGCUAGAUUCCAAUUGGCACACGCCACAAAUGCGAAACAUCUGCGCGGCACCAAUAGGAAGGUCACAAAAUCCUUGACUCCGCCUUCGACAUUAUCCUGCUAUGAAGACUUUGAAGAAAACAUGAGGAAAAUCGCGGAAAGGCGCAAAAAGAGAUGGAAAUCCUUUUUUCCAGCCAAAGUCAAUUUCAUCAAAUGACUUUAUCGUCAUUAGUAAAUUGUCUCGCCGAG